CCAGCAAACGUCGAAACCGACGUUAGGACUGGAUUCCUGCAGGCCACAAUUCAACAGUCAGCUCAGGAUCUCCUUGUUGGCUGCUCACUGAUUCCAUCCGUAGUUAACAGAACACCAAUAAAAAAACAUCACCAUGGCGGACGAUGAGGAAAAGAAGAAGAAGCAGGCCGAAAUCGAGCGCAAAAGGGCCGAGGUCCGUGCUCGUAUGGAGGAGGCCUCCAAGGCCAAGAAGGCUAAGAAGGGUUUCAUGACACCUGAAAGGAAGAAGAAACUUAGGUUGCUGUUGAGAAAGAAGGCCGCUGAAGAACUGAAGAAGGAACAGGAACGCAAGGCCGCCGAAAGAAGGCGCAUCAUUGAAGAACGCUGUGGUAAACCAAAACUCAUCGACGAUGCCAACGAAGCGGAGCUACAGACAGUCUGUCAAACGUACCAUCAAAGAAUAGCGAAACUCGAAGGGGAUAAAUAUGAUUUAGAAGUGAUUGAGCGAAUAAAAGAGUUCGAGAUCUCCGACCUCAACAGUCAAGUGAACGACCUCAGAGGCAAAUUCGUUAAGCCAACCCUCAAGAAGGUGUCCAAAUACGAAAACAAAUUCGCCAAGCUUCAAAAGAAGGCCGCCGAAUUCAACUUCCGUAACCAACUUAAGGUCGUCAAAAAGAAGGAGUUCACCUUGGAAGAAGAAGAUAAAGAAAAGAAACCUGACUGGACCAAAGGAAAGGGAGAAAAGGUAGAAGAGGCGGAAGCAUGAAAAUACCCUUGUCUUUUUGUCUUUAACACGUUCUGUAUAAUACAUCCUUCAAGCAUACGGUUAAAAUUUGAAUCAACAGUAAUUUUAACAAAUGGGUCGAUAUUUAUGACCGUUUGCAUGUAACCCCCAUGUAUAUUUGUUUAUGUGAAACAUCUGUAUUUAUUGAAUUAUUAAAACAAAUAUUUUAAUAUA